CACACACCACACACACACACACACACCCUUGUAUUCCCAAAGCCUGACUCAGCCUACAGCACUUCAGAGCUGAUAAUAAAUAUAUGUUGAAUGAGUGAAUGAAUGAAAACGCCAGAAAGAUGAAACAAGUGUUCCCAGGGGACCAGGGCUUCCUUCUCACAUCAGAUGUGACGGAAUCUGGGGACGCACAAUGACCAGUUGCGUCUAAGCAGGCACUGGGGGACUUUUAUUCAGGUGAACCACGGGAUGCAGUGAACAUCUAAGAGCAGUUCACACACCUAGGGCCGUCGUACAUGCUGUGAUUUCAGAGAUGUGUCUAGACUGUGAGCUGUGCCCCAGAACUUCCUAAUAAGUCCUGGAAACUUUCUUCUGAUUUCUUCCAGAAGUUUUUAGUCUUUUGCUCAACUCCUAAAGUAAGUCUGAACACCCAGUUCAGUCUGGAAAGAGUCUCAAGCCACAAAAAACAUAAGUUACUUCUUGGAUUGCAUUAGAGAUCCGAACUGCCAGGAUCCUGCUUUCUAAAACAUCGCUGGAUCCUGCCACAGUUUGCAAAGGUCUACGGAGGGGCUCAGACUCCCCAGCUCACCACCGUCACCCGUUUUCUCCCCCUCUGUUCUCACACUGGCUUCAGAGCCCCGUGGACACUCUGGGUCUGCGCUUUCUUCCCGGGCCUGUCCCCACCUGGAUGCCUCCCCCGUUUGUUUGCCUGUGGAAGUCCAGUUUCAUCUGCCAGCUCUGGCAGGCCGCGCUAAGCACGCUCAACCCCAACCCCACGGACAGCUGCCCCCUCUACCUGAACUACGCCACCGUGGCCGCCCUGCCCUCGCGGCUGAGCCGGCACAACAGCCCCUCGGCCGCGCACUUCGUCACCCGGCUGGUGCGGACCUGCCUGCCGCCGGGAACGCACCGCUGCAUCGUGAUGGUCUGUGAGCGGUCCGACGCCUUCGCCUCCGCCUGCGCCCUGGCCCGCGCCUUCCCGCUGUUUACCCACCGCUCGGGUGCUUCGCGGCGCCCAGAGAAGAAGACGGUCACCGUGGAGUUUUUCCUGGUCGGACAAGACAACGGGCCUGUGGAAGUGUCCACUUUGCAAUGCUUAGCGAGCGCCACGGAAGGUGUACGGCUGGCCGCCCGCAUUGUGGACACACCCUGCAAUGAGAUGAACACAGACAACUUCCUCGAGGAGAUUAAGAAAGUUGGAAAAGAUCUGGGGAUCGCCCCAACCAUCAUCCGGGACGAGGAGCUGAAGACAAGAGGAUUUGGAGGAAUCUACGGGGUUGGCAAAGCUGCCCUCCACCCCCCAGCUCUGGCCAUCCUCAGCCACACCCCGGACGGAGCCACCCAGACCAUUGCAUGGGUGGGCAAAGGAAUCGUCUACGACACCGGGGGUCUCAGCAUCAAAGGGAAGACCACCAUGCCGGGCAUGAAGAGAGACUGUGGGGGCGCUGCAGCCGUCCUGGGGGCCUUCAGAGCCGCUGUCAAGCAGGGUUUCAAGGACAACCUACACGCGGUGUUCUGCCUGGCGGAGAACGCGGUGGGGCCCAAUGCAACCAGGCCGGAUGACAUCCACCUGCUGUACUCAGGAAAGACCGUGGAAAUCAACAACACGGACGCUGAGGGCAGGCUGGUGCUGGCGGACGGCGUGUCCUAUGCCUGCAAGGACCUGGGCGCUGACAUCAUCCUGGACAUGGCUACGCUGACCGGAGCGCAGGGCAUUGCCACCGGCAAGUACCACGCAGCCGUGCUCACCAACAGCGCCGAGUGGGAGGCGGCCUGCGUGAAGGCCGGGCAGAAGUGUGGGGACCUGGUGCACCCGCUUGUGUACUGUCCUGAGCUGCACUUCAGCGAGUUCACCUCGGCCGUGGCAGACAUGAAGAACUCGGUGGCGGACCGGGACAACAGCCCCAGCUCCUGUGCUGGCCUUUUCAUUGCCUCACACAUCGGCUUCGACUGGCCCGGGGUCUGGGUCCACCUGGACAUCGCCGCGCCUGUGCACGCCGGUGAGCGCGCCACCGGCUUCGGCGUGGCCCUCCUGCUGGCGCUCUUCGGACGAGCCUCUGAGGACCCGCUGCUGAACCUGGUGUCCCCACUCGGCUGUGAGGCAGACGCCCAGGAGGGGGACACGGAGAGGGACUCCAAGAGGCGCAGGCUCGUGUGAGGCUGGCCGCCUUCCUGGCCCAGCCACGGAGGGCCCGGUUUCACUUUGCACUGAUUAAUUUUAAGCAGUUGAAAGAUUAUACCUUAAGGUGGGCUUUGGUUUGUUUUUGUUUUUAGUUGUCAUGGUAAUGGAAUUGGUUCCUUCUUAUGUAUUAGAAGACAGCUUAGGGGUUGGUGGGGCCCUGGGGCUGUUUCUGUUUGGGUUGCCAGCCAGCUUCUGCAAACGGUGCUCUCUCCAGAGGCCUCCGCGUGACCUUGGGCCCCAGGAUGCAUGAGUGGCCCCAUCGCUUUUGGCCUGGUGGCCCUCCUGCAUCCAUCCACUUGGUGGCCAAGGUGGGUGCCCGUGGCCCUGUUUCUAGCCCCAGGCCCCACGCAUGGCACCCACAUUAGAGAGCCCAGGCCUGUUCCCCAGCCAGGGCUGCCACUGUCUCCAGAUAACACACCCCCUUUGAAAGGAUGGAGGUGACUUGCUUUGGGGACCCAAUUUUAUAGAACAAGAGAAGUCUGUGCUCUGGCCCCUUAGAAUUCACCAGCAGUUGAAUUAAAUAUGGCUGUACCAUACCUCA